CGCGGUUUUUGAAAGAGUGGCUUCGAAGCGGCCACGACGCAUGCGCUCCGCCUCUUUUUUUUCCCCUCCCUCGGGCCCAAGCAGAGGUCAGAGGUCACGACGGUUGGCAAGAGCGGCGGAGCCAGAAGGGCCGAGAGGAAGAGGCGGUGGCUUGCGCUCGGAUCCAUGAUGGCGGCAGCUGAAGUUGAAGCGGCCUCCUGAGCUCAAAAGAAGCCCCCGACCAUGCACAGUUUGGCCACGGCUGCGCCGGUGCCAACGGCACUUGCACAGGUUGAUCGAGAGAAGAUUUACCAGUGGAUUAAUGAACUAUCCAGUCCUGAAACUCGUGAGAAUGCACUAUUGGAGCUGAGUAAAAAACGAGAGUCUGUCCCUGAUCUUGCCCCAAUGUUAUGGCAUUCAUUUGGCACAAUUGCAGCUCUGUUACAGGAAAUUGUAAAUAUCUACCCAUCUAUAAAUCCACCAACUUUGACAGCUCAUCAAUCCAACAGAGUAUGCAAUGCUCUGGCACUUUUGCAAUGUGUUGCAUCACAUCCAGAAACCAGGUCAGCUUUCCUUGCUGCACAUAUCCCUCUCUUCUUGUAUCCCUUCUUGCACACUGUCAGCAAGACUCGUCCCUUUGAAUAUCUGCGACUCACAAGUCUUGGAGUAAUUGGGGCUCUUGUGAAAACAGAUGAACAAGAAGUUAUCAAUUUCCUACUAACAACUGAAAUUAUCCCUUUGUGUUUGCGCAUCAUGGAGUCUGGCAGUGAGCUUUCCAAAACGGUUGCUACUUUUAUUUUACAGAAGAUCCUAUUAGAUGAUACGGGAUUGGCAUACAUCUGUCAGACUUAUGAGCGAUUUUCUCAUGUUGCAAUGAUACUGGGUAAAAUGGUCUUGCAACUUUCCAAGGAGCCUUCUGCCAGGCUGCUGAAACAUGUGGUCCGUUGCUACCUUCGCCUUUCCGAUAAUCCAAGGGCACGGGAAGCCCUCAGGCAGUGCCUUCCUGAUCAGCUGAAAGACACCACCUUUGCCCAAGUUCUGAAGGACGACACCACUACCAAGCGUUGGCUAGCCCAGCUGGUCAAGAAUCUCCAGGAAGGCCAAGUCACCGACCCCAGGGGUAUCCCCCUUCCUCCGCAGUGACAGCCAAGGAGGUGGCAAAACCCAGGAGGAAACAGCUCAGGUUUACAGAGAGCCAGGAACCAAUGACCUCUUCCAAAUCCUGUCAGGCAUGCGUGGACAGCUCACUAGACUGUCAGUAAUCACCUGGACUGCAGGCCCUUUCUAUAGCAACUUCUCACCAUGUCUUUGAGGAUUAUGACACCAGCAAACACAGUCGGGACAGACAAGCCUAUUUGAAGGUGUGGGCUUCAUUGCAAUGAUCAGUUGAACACUGAGCUGGGCACUGCACUGCCUGCCUGGUUCAGUCGAGCCGGCUUGGAAAGUGUUCCCCAGUUUUCUUGUGGUUCACUGUUUACAUGUAAGUUCAAUAAAUGUUGAUCUGGUCAUUUGACCCUCUUAGGAGUACCUUUGGAGCUGCAUCUAGCUGUAAACAGGGAGGCCUCUUUGUUUCUUCCUGCCUAAAAAUGGCAUUUUCAUAAGAGUCUCCUGAUUUGUUCUUUUUCAUAAGGUUGGUCAUCGUGACUGGGGUUCCUUAGACUUUUAUCUCUUGGGGAAACGGAGGAUUCAAUAACAUGUCCUCAGCUUCCUAAAGGAUUGUUCCUAGCACACCAGAAAGCAAUGGGUUUUUUUUUUCUAUCGUAUUAUUUUGGCCAUUAAUUAGAACAGUUUUAACUCUGUGACUGCAAUUGAAAUGGUGUCAAAUGUUCUGUGGAUCCACAUCUGCUAACUCUAUAGUCUGUGGGAUCCAUAAUACUACAAAAGGAGUAGUGUUCCUUUAACAUUCAGACACUAUUGGAAGGAAAAGACUGUAUGGCUGCUAUGGUCUUUUGUUACAGUUAAUGCCUCUGUUUAAUAUAGAAAUUAAUUCCAGGGUGAAUAAAUCAGACGGACCAAGAGCUACUUCCAAGCAUUUCAAUAAACAUUUGCAAGCAUUUCAGCCUUAUAGACAGAGCUGCAAAGUGCAAGGGCUCUCAUGCUCUUUUUCUUUACUUGCUGCCAAGCUAAGUGCACACAGGUGUUCACUUUGUGCCCCAGUUUGUAGGUGCCUCCCACAGCUGAGGAACCCAUUAAGCAGUCUGCAGAGGCAGCCUUUCCCCUGUUCUAAAUGGGAGUAGGAAACAACAACAAAAAAAGUGUGAAUUUAGAGAGAGGGAACCUUCCAGGCUCUUAAGUCAGUUGCACAGUACCUAUGAGCGGGUGGUGUGUACGCCUUUGACCUUAGCUAAUGCUGCUGCUUGGGUGGGAACCCAUUUUCCUUUUACCCAUUCCCAUUUUCUUUCUCCCUGCUUCCCCAAAUGGCUGGCCAGGCCAAGCCAAGAGUGUAAACACUUCUGUCUCUACAUAGGUUGCUUUUGCUCUUACAGCAGCUCCCUGUUUUACAACAGCCUUGAUUUUCAUCCCUGCCUUGAGUGGACUUUACCAACUGCUUCUGUUUUGUAACUUGAAUAAAAAAUAAGCCAAAUCAAA